CACACGACAGUGUGCCUCAGUCCUCUGAGUCAUCUCCCUGUCAUCUUGGACGUUGGCAACUCUGCUUCUUUCCAUUCAUCAAAAAAUAGUAGUCAAGCUUGUACUCGCUUCCUGGUCUGGAGGUUAACUCUUUGUUUCCACUGGCUCAGAUGACAAUGCUGUGCCGCAAAGACCUGAGCCUUGGAAUCACCGGGGGCAGACGCACACCGAGCCCAGUGACAACAGACAGAGAUGUGUCGUGCUGUUGAUAAGACAAGGGAGCAAAGGCCCAUCUGGUCCUUGACGGACGUCCAAAACAAGGCAGCGAUGGCAAAGAGAGAUUACCUGGUGGAGGCGGCCAAGCAGAUCCGCAUGGCACUGGACAGUGAGGUCAAUGAGGACUAUGAGGCAGCUUUCAGUUACUAUAAGAAUGGGGUGGACUUGCUGUUGAAUGGGGUUCAGUUGGACCCAAACAAGGAUCGUCGGGAGGCUGUGAAAAGAAAGACAACCCAAUAUCUGAAGAGAGCUGAAGAAAUCUUCAUAACACAUCUGCAGGACAACUUGGGGAAAGGAAGCUCUCAUUUAGGGGGUUACAGCAGUCUGAGAUUCCGUCCAAUCAGACACUUGAGUUCGCCUGUGGAGGAUCUGGAGAUGUGUAAGGUUGUGGGAGUGACUGAUAAGGUCAUGAUUGUCCAAAGUAUGGUAAAUAAGGAGACAUUUGUUGUAAAGAGUCUGGUCAAGUCGAGCUGGGAGAGCAGGGACCAGCCAACCAUCAUUCCUCAGGGGGUGCCAUACAUGGUUAAGCUGCUAAGAUAUUACGUCAGCGAGGAUGCUGUGUACCUGCAUCUUGAACAUGUCAAAGGUGGGAGGCUCUUCUCCAAGCUGCACAAACUGAGGAACGAGAAGGCCAAGGAACACCCAGAAUGCUUCACUUCUGGCCAGCAAAGCAUCAAGCUGAAGGCCAGCUACACCUCACCCACAAUCAGCACAGACUACCAGCACAACAGCAGAGGGAGCACAGGAGUGAUUCCAGAAAAAUUGAGCGACGAGAGCCCAGACGCAGACUUCCCCACCUCAUGGGAUGAGACUCAGCAGCAACUGGAGAGCUGCGGGACUCACUCCUACAUCGAGGAGACAGGUUGUCUGCAGAACACACGCUCUGCAGCGUCAUUUUAUACCAAGCUUGAUCGGCUAACUCUGAAUUCAGGCCCGACGAGGACACAGGUCGACACCCACAUCCAUCCACCAGCUCCUAGCUUGUGUUUGAACUCCAGUGAAACUCAGGAACAGCCUGCUCUUCCUCUGUCUUGCACUCGUGUCAGUCACGCUCUCGAUGUCAUGUCAGUACUUCAUAAGAAGAAAGCUGGAAUGGGACUGACAGAGUGCAGCUCUGAGUUUGAAGUGGCUUGGAAAGCUGCAGAUCCAGCACAUAACUGUGAGCAAAUAAACCGCUAUGCAGUGACUGACAGUCAUUUAAAUAGCACGCUAGGACAAACACCACCUCGUACAAAUCAGACCUCAUUUAUAAACGCGGGGUCCCCCAACAGUGAAAAUAAUGGCUUGAGUUCUUCCCCUGCCAUCUUGCAUCUUCCUCUCCAUUGCCAAACCCAGAAACGUGGCAGGGCAUCAUGGGAUAGCAAUGGCUUUCAGCAAGGAUCUGUUUUGAGUGGUAACUCUGUAGAUAUGGUUACAGACUCAAAGCAGGACAGCAGCAGUCCAACCACUGAGGAUAGAAAUGGCAUGGUAGUCAUCAGGAGCACAGACAGAGCAGUAUUUUCUGACCACACAGACACGAGGAUCACCUCAGAAAGCUACUGGCCUUCCUCUGCGUCCCUCUGCCACAGCAUUGCAGGAAAACAGGGGACAUUUUCAGGGGCCCCCAUUGCCCUCUCAGGGAUGAAGUACAAAGGGGAAACAUGUUCCAGUGAGGAAAGAGAGGGUGUAGAGGAGGCUUGCGAAUUGCCUGGAGAGAAGGUGGCAUCUGGAAAAGGGCGAUCAUUUGUGGGCUGGUUCUCCUCUAGUCCUACGGGAGCCCCGCCCCACAGGAGAGGAGAGGAUGUGGAUGCUUACCUUAAUUCAGAAGGAUCGGAGGGGCAGGGGGAAGACCAGAUCAUAGAGGUGGAUGGCUGGUGCCAUCUACCUCGGUUCCCUGUGAAGUACUCCAGAUCUACAGAUAAGGCCAUGCAGACCUGCUGGGGGCUUCCAGAGGCAGAGGUAUGUGUCUGGGGAGCUCAGAUUCUGCUGGCCCUUGAGAGUCUACAUCAGCAAGGCAUUCUGUGUCGGGACCUCAACCCUAGAAAUGUUCUACUCACCAGCAACGGAAAGGUGUGUUUGACAUUUUUCGGACAGUGGAGUGAGGUUCAGUCAGAGAUCAGCUCCAAAGCUACAGAACAGAUGUACUGUGCUCCAGAAAUUGGUGGUGUGUCCAGAGUUACAGAGGCUUGUGAUUGGUGGAGUCUUGGGGCUUUGUUGUUUGAACUCCUAACAGGAAUGCCACUGUGGCAGCUCCAUCCAGCAGGAAUCCAUUCCCACACCCAGCUGCUCAUCCCCAACCACCUGGGCGCUGCAGCUGCGUCUCUGCUCACUGAGUUGCUUCAGUUUGAUGCUGGCUAUCGCUUGGGUUCUGGAGGUGGCGGUGUGAGUGACAUCAAGUGUCAUCCCUUCUUCAGCAGUGUCUCCUGGAAAGCUCUGAGCUGCUAGCAGGUGCAGCUGCUUCACCUCUGAGUUGCCAAAAUGGAUGCAGCACCAGACCCCUGGUUUUCUUUGCACUUUGUGCUUCCCAAAGAAAAAUGACAAUUAAAAACUGAAACAUGAACAAAACUAGUAAACCAUAUCUCUUCCAAAAGAUGAAACAAAUGGACUUGUUAUUGUAACUUUCGAGAUUCUAAUAUUGUAAUUUAAGGUACCUUUGAUGCAAUUUUGGUAUAUAUUAAAAUUUUAAAGUAUCCUUGCAUAUUAUCACCACGCAUGAAAACUGACACAGACUAAAUUCUGACACUUACACGUUUGGACUGCCAUUAAAUAUUGUAGAAAAAAAGGA